AUGAACACUUCUUCAAGGGUAUUCGACUUUCUGAACACCUCACAAUCUGGGAAGGCUCAUCAAUCUUCUGGUAUCUCAUCUCAGGCCUUCUUUUCAUCGAUAUCGUUUGCUCUAGCCAUUUUUCUCAUACAGGUACUUGCAUUUUCUUACCUAAGAAAAAAAUUCCGGUACAUUUACCAACCAAGAUCAUACUUCGUAGAGGACCGUUGUAAAGUCCCACCUCCACGUAACUCAUUCGUUGGAUGGUGCUCUACAGUGUUCCGUACACCCCUUGUCUCCUAUAACGACUUGGGGUUGGACGCUUACCUGUUUCUGAGAUUUCUGACUAUAUUGAUAGUUCUUUUUGGAGGUCUAAGCCUAACAUGUAUACCGAUACUAGUCCCGAUCAACUUCACUGGAAACGUCAAGGAGCUACAAUCUACAGGACUGGACAAAGUAUCAAUUUCCAAUGUCUCUAUGGAGAAAAGUGCCAGGUACUUCUGGCAUUGUCUGAUGGCCAACAUUACGAUAGUAUGGUUCCACUUGAUCCUGAUCCAUGAGCUGUAUCACUGCGUACAAUUGAAACGUCAGAAAUUGCUAAGCCUUGCAACUUAUUAUCCCGAAAACUCUAAUCCCCUAAAGACCAUCAUUCUAACCAAUGUCAGCUUGAAAAAUAGAAACAAAGAGCGUCUUCGUGAUAUAUUCAGCAUACUCCCAGGAGGUGUUUCUGAUAUUUGGUUCACCUACAACCAUGACAAAUUGGAUGGUUUGGUCCAAGACUACAAAUUUUAUCGUGGCGUACUGGAGAAACAGAUACUACGAAAGAUGCGGAAGCAGCUGAAUAAUCCUGAUCCAACCUUUGAAAGAGAAAUGUUUACUAUGAAUAAACCAAUAGAGAUUUUCGGAAGCAAAAUGCAAUGCAGAUUCCCCAUUGGCAUGAAAUACAUCCAAAGAGUCCACUCAAUUGAAUAUUGCCUUGAAAAAAUGACCGCAAUCAAGUUUCAAAUCAACAAACGAAGACUUGAAAUCGUGUCACAUAUCGACGACCCGACUUAUCUUCAAACACACGGGAUAACCUCCACAGAUAAUGUAUUCAUCACCUUGAACAAUCAGCUUUCGACCUACAUGGCCAAACAGUUGCUAUUGAGCUCCAACUAUUUUGAAAUGGAUGAAUGUUACGUGGAACUAAAUGCGAAAGACAUUAUAUGGGAUAAUCUUCAAAUUCAAAAUAGUUUCAUCAAACGAUGCCGAAAAUAUUUCACCAAGGUUGCAAUGCUGCUGAUUAUCAUUGGAUGGGUCGUACCCGUAGCCUUUGUCGGUUUGGUCUCACAUCUGCCAUAUUUGACCGCUUUGAUCCCAAUGUUGGCGUGGAUAAAUAAAUUACCAGCAACCAUGAAGAAUAUCGUCUCAGGCUUGCUACCAACUAUUGCAUUGUCUUUGUUAACAGAGGCCGUUUAUGAGACAUUCAGAAACCUUUGUAGGUAUCAGGGGAUACUGACAGGGGCAAAGCUAGAGCUGGAGAGACCUUCCAAAGGCUUCGAACUUCUUUUUUCCUUCAUUGUCGUCAGAGGACUGGCAUACUCAGGCAACUUGCUUCUUCAAUUGAAUCAGUUGCUGCACAAAGUCAUCAUAUUCAAGUUUAGAACAGGAACACCCAGGCAACGGUUCAAGAUUCUGGUAACUCUGCCCAAACAGCAUUGGGGGUCAAUUUACCCAUUUUUCUCCCUGAUAGGUUCAAUAGGACUGGCAUAUAGUAUUCUGAGUCCACUGAUCUUGAUAAUCUGCACGGUGAUCUUUUCUGUAGUUCUUUUCAGUUACAAACACUGUCUUCUCUAUGUUGUGGAUUACCGAAACGAAAGUGAGACAUUUGGAAAGCUGUACACGGUGGCACUGCGUCAGUUAUACGCCGGUGUUUAUUGUCUAGAGAUUUGUCUGGUAGGAUUUUUCUUCCUGGUAGGAGACCACGAUGAGAAUGGGCAUUACCUGAGAUCUUCUUCGUUUACCCUGGGUAUGUACAUGGGUGUCACUAUGCUAGUUACAACUUAUAUCCACAUCAAGAUCAACCAAAAGUUUGAUAGGACUUAUGACAUGCUGCCCUUGGACCUGUGUAGUUACUUUCAACACGAAAGUGAGAAAGACAGUAGGCGACAUAAAGAUGAAAAGACAGCGGAAACUCGUAAACCACCAACUCAAGAUCGAAUACUAAUGCUACACAAGUCCCUCUCUUACCAGCCAGAGGUUGUUUGGAUCCCAAGAGACCAGGUGGGCUUGAGCCAAUUCGUCAUUUCAAACUUUUCACCGCCAAGUGAUGCGAUAAUUCCUAUUAUUGACUCCGGAUCUGUGAUUAGUAUGGAUGGUCAAGUGUCAAUAUGCAGUGGGCCACUUUCUCGAUUUGAUCGGUCUGCAGAGCUGGUGAACUCGCAAUUUAUUUUUAGCACGUCAAUGACAGAUAGUCAAGUUUUAAGUUCAGACCAAAGACCAACCAUAUGCCAUUCUAGAAGCUCUGCAGCGCCAACCCAAGGGAACUCAGCCCCCAAGCGCUCACCUUCGCGAGUACCCCCUCCGUCAUCUUGA